AUGUCUCCUCUGAAUGGAGCACGACAAGCUGAACUGUACUGCGUUGAUGUAAGGACUUUAAGACUUGUUUCUGAAGGCCAUCCCUACAAAUGGGUCCCCAAUAAAGUGGCACAACCUUGCCAGAGGCAACAUAAAUAUAAAUACGUUAAGAAUGCUAAUAGUGAAGUUGAUGUCGAUCGGGGACCAAGCAACCAAUGCCUCAAGUCCAUAGCCUCUAGCAAGACUCUAGGGCCUCUGUUCCCGCCCUUCACGUCCACUUCCCCGCGCUGUGAAAGAGCAGCCCCAAAACGAUCCAGAUUCAAGUAUGUUAGCAAAAAGUUGAUAGAAAAAAGUGGAAAAUCCGCCACUUUGAAACUCAGUAUCCCGACGCGGCAGCACACCGCGUACAAGUAUAUCCGUAGAUGGACUAGCAGCAAGAAGUCUCAGGCUUCUAAAAUUGAGCUGGUCAGCAAACAUGAAGUAUGCCGCAGCAUUAGUACACGUUUCAAGUAUAGUCGGCUUCCCGUACUACGGCAGAUAAAAAGGCCAUCCUUAGAAAGAACUCUCCAUACACGUUGGGAACGUGGCAGAGAUCUUGUUGGCUAUAAGUUGGUUUCUCGGUACGCCAUACGGAGGCUGAAACCUGCUGUAAAUAAGCAAUACUUGCCUUCGUCACAUCACUACAGGCGUAUAGUUAAAAAAGCUGUGACCUGUUUGCGUUAUCGACGCCGACCUAUCUGUAGAAGUUUCGCUAAGACCGGACGAUGUGAUGCCGGUACCAGCUGCCGUUUUGUGCAUGACAAGAACUACCUACGAAUUUGCCCCCGCUUUCUCAGUCAACGAUGUGCUCUCGGGAGCACCGCCUGUCCACUGGCCCAUGUUCUUGACCCGUGUCGAAUUCCCGUUUGCGAGUUUCAUGAAAGCAAGGGAUGCACGCGCAGUCAUUGUCCCUAUUUACACGUCACAUAUCCGGCUAACACCCCACUUUGUCCAGAUUUUCUCCGAGGCCGCUGUCGCCGAGGUCGAUUGUGUGAUAAACGUCAUGCUUGGCAUACGAAGGCAUCCAUUUGGCGUAAACCUACCAACAGGACCUUGGAAUCAACCGAAAAAUCAAAAAGGCCCGUUUGUGGCACGUCUGUGAAUACUGUGUCAUUCAAGGACACUGUCAAGAAGAUUGUAGCGACCUUGGCCCCACCAACUGACCUCGUUUCGGUUCCCCAAGGAUCUUUAAGACACGUUUACCCAGCACCUGCAUUUAUUCCACUGCUUUGCGAUGAUCUUGAUCAGGAUCAGUUAUCAUUAGCUCCCGACGGAUCAUCACUCGAUUCUCAGGAUGCAACACUCGGGCCAACAAGGAUCCGUUGAAGUUUUAAACUAUUUUUCUCAGUAUUUGCUAUCUGUUUCUUCUAGUCUGUCUUGUUCUAUUUUCCUCAGAUGCAAUUCCAAUUUUUCUCAAAUAAAGGUUUUCGUCAAU